ACUUCACUGAAGCGAGAUGGUUUAGAAAUAAUACAAGACGAAACAAGCGGAAGAAUAACCGUGAAAGGCUCACCAACACAAAUACAACAACUCAAAAGUGAAACGCAAGAAAUUGUUUGCCUUUUUGAAGAGCGUUCCUUAAAUGGAGACAGAUUUUCCUUGUUGAAGGCAAACAAAGCUAUUUCACACGUAAAGUCGCUGUUGACCGCAGAGAAUUCUUUGGUGGAAGUUUUAGGCGAUGAUAAAGGAAUGGUAACACUGUAUGGUAUGCAAAAGACACACGUAGACAGAGCUUUUGAUAUUAUUGUGAAUGCUAUGGUUGAAAUAAAACUCCCUGAAGGUUUGCGAACGAAAUCAUCCCAGGAUGCAUUGCUCAACGAGUUGGGAAUAUCGACUCCGCUUUCAUUACAAAGAGAAGAUGGCGUUCCACGAAUCAUCUGUUUCAAGAAGCAUUCGCGAAACCUAAACGGGAAAAUCGACGAUUUUAAAGAACGAAAGAAAACAGUAGAACAAAGAGUACCACUUCAAAAGGCAGUCCUACGCUAUCUCUCGAAUUACGGGCAAACUACCUUGGAAGGCUUGCGGCUUUCAUUACCUGGCUUGAAGAUAGAGAUUGGAGGCGAAGCCUUGAUUCUAUCUGGUGAGAAGCCAGUAGUCGAGAAUUGUUGUGUGAGCAUACAAGUUCUUACAAAAGAUCUAAGGGUAGAGAAGAUGGAUUACGGAACACCGGAAACAGCGUCGAGUAUAAAAGGAAUGGCGUACAUGGCAAUUGAGAACAUCGAAAGAAAACAUCGAUGUGGAAUUGUAGUCACAGUCAACGACCAGCCAGAAAGACAGGAUUCAUUCCGAUCACAAAAUGCAAGCACUGUUAGUAGCAAGAAAGACAGGAAACGUACAAUGCAAUGUCGAUACACCUUCCCGAAUGGUAAGAUCAUUGAGGUACAUCAAGGAGAUAUCCUGGAACAUCCCGUAGAUUACUUAGUGAAUUCUGCGAGCGACGAGCUAAAGCAUGUUGGCGGACUUGCCAGGGCGAUAGUUGAAAAAGGAGGGCGUAAAAUCCAGGAGGACUGUUUCCGUGCCUUAAAUGAACGGGGAAAGGCAAAACUUUUACUUGGAGAUGUUGUCACUACUGACGGAGGGAAAUUGAUGUGUAAGGAAAUACUUCAUGUAGUUGUGCCAAUGUAUCAUCCGUCUGAUGGUUAUGGUGAAGGCGAAACAAGGGAAGAGAAGUAUUUAAGGCACUGUUGUACUAAUGUCUUGGAGAGGGCAACCAAGGGUCAAACUAUUGCAAUCCCAGCGCUGGGCACAGGAGUCUACAGGAUUCCCUACGACAUCAGUGCAAAAAGUUUAGUAGCAGCGACUUGUGAAUUCUUACAAGAAAAACCUUCCCACAGUUUACAACAAGUUCAUUUUGUCGAUAUUGAACCCUCGGCCAUCGAGGCAUUAAUGAAAGAAAUAGUGAGAAGGUUUAGUUCUGAUUCAAACUUACAUAUCAACGAGCGGGUUCGUGAUAGAUGGAGACCGUUGCUAGGCGCAUCUGGUGGAGUUUCGCCAGCGGAUACAACCAAAGCAAGUGAUCAUUUUACAUUUAAAACUCCCGAGGGAAUGGAAGUGCGACUGACGAUUGGAAACAUUGCAAAAUCCACGACCGAUGUUAUCGUGAAUACGGUUGGAAGUGAUCUGAACCUCACGAAGAAUCCUUGCUCAAAAGCAAUUUUUGACGAAGCUGGAAGCGAACUGAAAACUUUAUGCGAGAAAUGGAUAAAAGAAAAGGGUGUGGUUAAAGAUGGAGCAAUCACAGAUGGAGCCAAGUUGAAAUGCAAGAAAGUCUUUCAUGUUGUAUUUCCGAGAUGGACACUUGAUCAGGGAGAAAAGAAACUCCGUGAGGUUGUGCAAAAACUGUUAUCCAAAACCGAAGCUCUCUCGCUCACCUCGAUCUCAAUCCCCGCUCUCGGUUCUGGGACUCUGGGAUUCCCGGAAAAAUUGGUCGCGAAGAUCUUGUUUGAAGAGGCGACGCAAUUCAGUUCAGAUCACAAGCCUUCCUCAAAAAUCAAAACGGUUAACGUUGUCGUUUGCAAUGGGAAUAAGACAGCCGUCGAUGCAUUCAAAGAGCAAUUUCAAGUCUUCUCACCAAAUGCUGACGUGAAUGCACGAAAAACAAAACAAGGUUCGGAAAGUGGUGCAGAUGUUUUGAAAACAAUACGUAAAACGUUUUGGAGUUUCUUUGACAGGAGUUUGGGCAAAGAAAAAGAUGAAACAGGCGGAGUUGAGGUGGAAAUUGUUCAAGGAAAUAUAGUCGAAGAAUCCACUGAUGCAAUCGGAUUUCUGGUUUGCGAGGAUAUUACACAAGGAAGCACACGUAAGACGAGGCAACAGAUUACUCUGGAAAUUGCAGCGGAAAGUUCGAACGACAUCGCAGCGAUCAAGGAAGAACUGAAACGGGUCGAGGCAGAACAAUGUCAUACUGAGACCAUCGAGACACAACAGGUGAUUGAUAGGAGACAACUGGAAAAAAUCAUGGAAAUACAAGACCUCCACGAUGUUCGUAUUGAGUGUGAACCCACUAUUGGAUACAUCAGAAUUAGCGGGCUGGCGAGGAAUGUAUCGAUUGCUGUGGGAAAGAUUCACUGUAUUAUCCACGACUGGGAACAAAAGAAAAAUAACACGGAUGCGACCGUCCGAGAGGUUGAAUGGUUCUAUUACGAGGGUGAUAAAGGUGUUGUUAUUCCUGAAAAGUACGCAAAAGAAAUGAGCGCCAAGAUAGAGACGGAGUACAAGAGAAAUCCUUCUGGGACUGUCGAAGUUGGUGACGAUGAGAAAUAUAAAAUAGAUUUCAAAACCAAGACAGAGACAUGUUUGACUUCAAACGAAGGCCUGAUGAAAGUCUACAGACGCCCGUGUGAAGCAUUUCCAUUUCCUUCAAAUUGGGAAUAUCAGCCAAUAGACGGUUCCACUGGGCAGGAGCUUCAAGUGUUUCGCUUCAAUAUCGAGAAACAAGACACAGAAUAUGACGAAAUUCACGACAAGUUUCUAGCGUCGCUCUCAUUAGCGGCAAACGUUUCCAAUGCGGAGGUUGUAAAGAUUGAGAGAAUUCAAAAUCCAGGAUUGUAUCAAUUGUACCAGGGAAAGAAGAAGAAAAUGAGCAAUGGUGGAAAUGAACUGGAUCUGUAUCAUGGAACAACAAAAGAUGCUGUGGAAAAAAUCAACUGCAAUGGUUUUAACAGAUCUUAUUGUGGAAAAAAUGCUGUGAAGUUUGGCAAUGGUGUGUACUUUGCCAGAGAAGCUUGGUAUUCAGCAAGAAGACAAUAUGCUGCUCCUGAUGAGAAAGGUCUACAGUAUAUGUACAUAGCCAAGGUCUUGGUUGGUAAAUACACAAAAGGAAAAGAAGGUCUGAUAGUUCCGCCGCCAAUUGACGCUAGCAAUCCAGAUGUUAGUUACGACUCUGUUGUUGACAAUGCAGCAAAGCCACUGAUCUACGUUGUUUUUUAUGACUAUCAGCACUAUCCUGAGUACUUAAUUACAUUCAAGUGUUCUUGAGUGAUCUUUAUGAAACAGAAACUAGUCUGAUGAAAUGAGUUGUGAAAUCUCACAAUGAACCAAAUGAAGUGCCGCAAUUCCCUUUGGUCUGAUGGGAACUUUAUUCUGAUGUUUCUGAAGAUGAGUGACGGCGUUUGUGAGACAGUUAAACAUGAUGAAAAUGAGGGGGGGGGGGUGUCACUGUGUUCCUGCAUGUAUCGCAUCGUCAAUGUUAGUUAAAACUGUCUUUCCACGGCAGUUAAUGUGCAACCUCGUGUCCAGGGUUAAUGUGAGGUCAGACGUAGCUUAACUAGACAUAUCAUAAUAUAAUAAUGAUAAUUCUUGUUAUCUCUUCGGUUUGACGAUAAAUACCAGCACGAUUAAUCUAAAUUUUAUUUUAAGUAUUAAGCGUGGCGUGUCAGUAAAUAUAGGCGGUUUUCAUUUUAUGUCAACUACAUA